CUGCCCGGCCCUAGUGGGCCCGGUCUCGCGGAGGGCGGGCUGGGUGCCCUGCCCGCUGAGCUGCGGGUGACCGUGCGGGCCCUGGUGGGCGAUCUCGACGCUCUUUUCACCGCAUUGGGCCUGCGGGAGGAGAGCUUCGCCGUGGGGGCCCUCAGCAGAGUCAUCGCUGCUGAGCUGGCAAGCUGUGCCCCAGCCAGGAACAGGAGGAGGACAGCCACCAACAAGGCCUCCGUCAUCUUUGUGGACAGAACGUUGGACCUUGUUGGAGCAGUUGGUCAUCAUGGCGACAAUCUUGCAGAGAAAGUACUUUCUGUGCUUCCCAAGCUUCCUGGCCACAAGACGGAUGUGAUGGUUAACAUGGUGGAACUUACAGCACUGCAGACUACAGAUGAAACUUGCAGUAUUAUAGCACCUGGCUGCUUAGCACAACCAAAUGAUCCAGCUGCCAAAGCUCUCUGGGAGUCCUUCAUGAACCUCAAGCAAAAGGAAGCUGUGAUGGAGGCUAGGAGACACCUUGUGGAGGCUGCAAGCAGAGAAAAUUUACCUAUUAAGAUGAGCAUGGGCAGAGUCACCCCAGAACAGCUCAGCUCAUACAUUCAGCUUUUCAGAAAUAAUCUCAAAGCUUUGGAGAACCAUUGUGGUCUUCUACAGCUUGUGCUGGCUGCAGUCCAGACUUUGAAACACCCCCAGACUUCCAAAUGGGACAACUUCCUUGCCUUUGAGAGAUUACUUCUGCAGACUAUUGGCGAGUCAGAAAUGCCCAGUGUUUUGAACCAGUUAUUACCAAUGAUCAAGUCUUAUAACAAGAGGACGAAAUAUGAUUAUACCUUCGAGGACUUUCUUGUCUUGCUGGUAUACAUGUAUUCUGUAGUUGGAGAAAUCAAAAGUGGAAAAGAGCUAGAUGCAGCUGAAGAAGAGGUGAAAAAGGCCCUAGUCAAGGCCAUUAAUGAUGAGCCACAGCUAUCUCCUUUGUUGCAGAAAAUAACAGGCUGUGAUUCGCCACUGAACCUGACAUCUCAGAAAGCCACAGAUGCAGUGGACAGUAUCUUUCGGUCCCUCAGGGACAUUGCAAGAGCUCGAAUGCACAUGAAACAAUUUAAUUCCAUACAUAAUCCAGGCAGCAACACCCACCAGGCCUCUUACAAACCGCUGCUGAAACAGGUAGUGGAAGAGAUCUGUAAUCCUGAUCGACCUGAUCCUGUUGAUAUUGAGCACAUGUCAUCGGGCCUCACCGAUCUCCUUAAAACUGGAUUCAGCAUGUUCAUGAAGGUGAAUCGCCCUCACCCUGGUGAUCAUCCUCUUCUGAUCAUCUUUAUGGUUGGUGGAGUGACAAUCUCUGAGGUCAAAAUGGUGAAGGAUCUGGUAGCAACACGCAAACCUGGUACCCAGGUAAUUGUGCUCUCCUCCACCCUCCUGACACCACAUAGUGCUAUUGAGUUGUUGUUCGCCACAGACCGUCUCCAGCCUGACACUGAUAUCUAACGGGGGAGGAUCUGUGGAGAAGAUGAGUGAGUGCUUCAGUUGGAAACAUCAAAUCCCUGGUCUGUCGCUCUUCCCAAUAGCCUUUCAAAAAAACGACAUAUCUCCUGCUGCAGUUACGGCUCCAGCUGAAACGGGGAAGCAGCUGGGUAUCUGGCUUCAAGAACAUGUGCAGCUCACAAGCAACUCUUCAAAAUGGUCCAGUUGUCCAGCAGCAACCCCACACAUUCCUUAACAGUAACACCAUAUGGUGCUGAAUCACCUCAGCCCUGCUCUGUGCAGCAAGGAUGAUGGCAUGUAAUAAUACCCUAGAAAAGGAGCAGCUGAGGGACCAGAUGAUGCUGAAUUUGCACUCCCCAAGCAGUACUUUUUUCUUUUGAGUUUUUCUGAUGGUUCUUUGGGGUUGCUUCUGGUGGGAAAUGCUACUGAGGGAGUGCAAGACUAGCAAAAUCCACCCUCUCUGUCGUUACCUUGCAAAACAUGUGUGCCUUAUACACCAUUAACCACAUUUGUGCUUACUUUGUCCCUCACCCCAGAAAGGCAACAGAGCACAGCCCUGAUUUAGCCAGCAGAGCAGGUCCCAGUCCAGUGAUGCUCACCCAGCAGGACUGAUAGAGGCAGAGAAGCAGAGAGCCAGACUCAGGGGCUGGGUUACAUGGCUGUUUCUCUCUCAGCUUCCCAUUCUUGCUCUAGUUUCUCCACCCACAGUCCCAGGAUAAAAGACUCUUUCUGAUGGCACACUUCUCUGUAGGUUUACACAGAGGACAUAUGGGCUGUGAUGGUUUGAUGAUAACCCUGGAAUCCUCCCCUCACAUGCAUUUAAAAAAUAAAGAGGAAAAAAAAAAAAGGCACGAUCCCAUUUUCAA